AUGAAAAAAAUCACGCAAAUAACCUGGAUCCUACUUAUUCUGGGAGUGUUCUCAAAAGCGGAUGUCGGUGACAUUUCACAAGAGCUUUGCAUUGGGUAUCUAGAAAGGAACUACCAAAUCAUGAAGAGGGUUAGGACCCAUAUAGACAGGCUUGAUGCAGCAAAAGAGAGUGCAGCAUUUGCGCUGAAGAAGUUGAAGAGAUUCAAGCUUUUUGAAAAUGACGUAACUGUGCCCGAGAAAGUCGAAAAAGCAAAUAAUGUGAUUGGCCUAGUGUUCGUGUCCGUAAGCAUGCUGGAAAGCGAUAUUUCAUCGUUUUUUGCAUGGUUUAAUCAAACGAAGAUCGAUCUGAAGAGAAGCAAGCAGCCGUGCCAGAAUUACGAAGAGAUAUUAGAAUAUUCAAUUGACUCCAUAGGCAAGAUACAGAGGCGCAUAGACCAGCAAGCAUGUAUUCUGGAAAAAGAGGGCAAAGUAAUACAGGACUGGAUAUGUGACUACAUUGAGUCGUUUUUCGAGGUGGAUCCGCACAGGAUGUGCAGCCUUCCGGAGCUGAGCAAGCUUGGGUACCGCCUUAUAAGAAAGCUAAACUACAUAUUCUACGGCAUGCAAAGAAUGUCCUUUGGCAAAGCCGCAUUCAAGCUCACACUAGACAAGGCACUGCACAGACACACAAACGUCCUAAGCAGAAGAGACAAAAAAGAUCUUUUAAGAAUGAUGGUUUCGGAAAACGCCCCCAGCACAGGCGUCUUGGAGCCCAGCCGCGGAGAGGAGGAGGACGGCCUUGCUCCUAAGAGGGCCAAGGGGGUGACAAUAUCGUACGAAAAGGCACUAGCCAGUGUUUUGAACAAAAAGCUUGGAAACGGAUUGGCCAACAGCUCAGAGCUUCUUGAAGCCUUCCUGCUCCAGAGCUCCUCCACGGCUGCGCCAUGCAUUGAAAUGUUCAAACAGAUGGACACAGACCUGGCGUGCAGCACACUGCUUGUGUUUCUGGUCCUCCACAAAAUACUCGAAGAUCUGGAGGAGACUCCGAAAACGCUUGAAAUAGUGGACAGGAUAGAAGAAGGCAUCAAGGCCGAGGAGAUAGAGGAAAGCACAAAGCACGCCCUCGUGAAAAUCAUAAGCAUCUACAGAAACUUGAACAGCAAAAAGUCGCAGGAUAUGGCGCAGAAGGUCAUACAACAGUACGUUCCGAGCUUGUUAAACCAAUACCUUCUGCUGGCUAUACGAAGCCCAGCAUGCAGCCCUUAG